AAAGUGCCAUGGGGUUUGGGGUUGUGGGAGUCUGGAUCCACAGUGUGUUUAUAUGCAUUUGAGGUGGAAGAUGAAGCUGGGACAAGGGCUGGAGGGUGGAGAGUCAGACACCCAUUUAGGGGGCACAACCACCGAGGGCUUCCUAAGAGGGAGGUCUACUGGGUCCUGGGCAGAGAGGUCCCACAGUACAGGAGAGGCCAGAAGCCUGGAGCAGGGCCACAGGUAGUCUGUGAGGCUGUCGCUGACUCCUCUUUCCUCCCACCCCCAGGCCCAGGCUUCACUUCUUGAAAGAUCCAUGGCAACACCACCGGGCCUCUUAUACCACACCUCUAUUUUAAAUAGCUCUGCAAAAGUUCCGGUCUGGCCCAGUGGGAGGUGGGACUAUAAUCCAGGAAUUAUACUUUGGUAACCAAGUAACUAAAUAGCGCCCAGAGAGAGGAAGCUAAGACCCAGAGGUGGAUCCGUGAAAUACUGGGUACCCGGGGCUUCCCAGAGGCCAGGCCACUGCUCUUGAAUUUGAAAAGGCUCGGGUACGGGAGGAAGGGGCUGCCCGCUGAGCUGGAGCCUGAGGCUGCCCCGCGCGCCUUUCCCCGCAUCUCCGCAGGGUGCUCCCUAGCAGAGGUGACUCCGCGCGAGAGAAGUCCCCAAACUCCAGACCCGCGGGGGGGACGAGGGGGAGUCCACUCGCUUCCCAGCGUGCGCCCGGGAGGGAGGCGGGCGUUUGGGGCGCGGCCGGCGGCUCCCCGGGGACUGCACCGGCUCGGCUAGCGGGCCCUCAGCCUCUUCCUCCGCGGCAUGGCUGGGCUGCGCACUGCGGCCGGGAUCCGGGCCGCGUCGCUGUUGGCGUUGCGCCCGCUCCUGGCCGCCACGCACCCGCAGUGCCUGGACUUCAGGCCGCCCUUCCGGCCUCCGCAGCCGCUGCGCUUCUGCGCGCAGUACUCGGCCUUCGGCUGCUGCACCGCCGAGCAGGACGCGGCGCUGGCCCGGCGCUUCGGGGCCCUGGCGGCCCGCGUGGACGCCGCAGUGUGGGCGACGUGCGCCGGCUACGCGCUGGACCUCCUGUGCCAGGAGUGCUCUCCCUAUGCAGCCCACCUGUACGAUGCGGAGGAUCCAGCCACUCCACUGCGCACGGUUCCUGGCCUCUGUGAGGACUAUUGCCUGGACAUGUGGCAGACCUGUCGCAGCCUCUUCCGCCACCUUUCCCCUGACCGUGAACUCUGGGCACUGGAGGGCAACCGGGCCAAGCUCUGCCGCUACGUUUCCUUGGAUGACACUGACUACUGUUUCCCGUACUUGUUGGUGAAUGAGAACCUGAACUCGAACCUGGGCCGUGUAGUGGCUGACGCCAAGGGCUGCCUGCAGCUGUGCCUGGAGGAGGUGGCCAAUGGGCUUCGCAACCCGGUGGCCAUGGUGCACGCAGGGGAUGGCAGCCAUCGCUUUUUCGUGGCUGAGCAGGUGGGGCUGGUGUGGGCCUAUCUGCCCGACGGCUCCCGCCUGGAGAAGCCGUUCCUGAACGUGAGCCAAGCUGUGCUCACGUCGCCCUGGGAGGGGGAUGAGCGUGGCUUUCUGGGCCUUGCCUUCCACCCCCGCUUCCCACACGCUCGCAAGCUCUACGUUUACUACUCUGUGGGUGUCGGCUUUCACGAGUGGAUCCGAAUCAGCGAGUUCAAGGUCUCCGAGGAUGAUGAGAACACCGUGGACCACAGCUCAGAGAGGAUAAUCCUGGAGAUUGAAGAACCAGCCUCCAACCACAAUGGGGGCCAGCUGCUUUUUGGGCAUGACGGGUACCUCUACAUCUUUACUGGAGAUGGCGGGAUGGCUGGAGACCCCUUUGGGAAGUUUGGAAACGCCCAAAACAAGUCGGCGCUGCUGGGCAAGGUGUUGCGCAUCGACGUGGACCGCAAUGAGCGCGGCCCACUCUACCGCAUCCCGCCCGACAACCCGUUUGUGGACGACCCCGGCGCGCGGCCAGAGGUCUACGCUUUGGGCGUGCGCAACAUGUGGCGCUGCUCCUUCGACCGCGGCGACCCGGUGUCCAGAGCCGGCCGCGGGCGCCUGUUUUGCGGCGACGUGGGCCAGAACAAGUUCGAGGAGGUGGACCUGGUGGAGCGGGGCCGCAACUAUGGCUGGCGGGCGCGCGAGGGCUUCGAGUGCUACGACCGCAAGCUGUGUGCCAACUCCUCCCUCGAUGAUGUGUUGCCCAUUUUCGCCUACCCUCACAAACUGGGCAAAUCAGUCACAGGGGGCUACGUGUACCGGGGCUGUGAGUACCCUAACCUCAAUGGCCUCUACAUUUUCGGUGAUUUCAUGAGUGGGAGACUGAUGUCCCUUCGAGAGAAUCCAGAGACAGGCCAUUGGAAGUACAGUGAAGUCUGCAUGGGCCGUGGACAGACUUGUGCCUUCCCAGGCCUUAUCAACAAUUACUACCCACACAUCAUCUCCUUUGCAGAGGAUGAGGCUGGGGAGCUGUAUUUUAUGUCCACAGGUGUGCCGAGUGCCACAGCCGCACGUGGGGUUAUCUACAAAGUGAUCGACCCCUCUAGACGGGCGCCUCCUGGGAAGUGCCAGAUCCACCCUGCUCAGGUGAAGGUGAAGAGCCGCCUCAUCCCCUUUGUGCCCAAAGAAAAGUUCAUCCGGACCACGGAGAGCACCCCGCGACCCACGGCUCGCGCGCCCACUAAGGCGCCCCGCCGCAGCAGCCCCACGGCCGUUCCCCUGGCUCCCACCCGGCUGCCUGCGCGACUCCCACGGCCCACCCGACGGCCAGGAGGUCGGAGGGGCGGCGGGCGGCAGCGGGGGCGGCUGAGCACCGCGGUCCCUGCGCCCCAGAAUGGCGCAGUGCGCCUGGUGCGGCCCUCAGGCCUGAGCCCGGGCCGCGGGCGCGUGGAGGUGUUCGCGGGCGGACACUGGGGCACCGUGUGCGAUGACGCCUGGGACGCCAAGGCCGCCACCGUGGUGUGUCGCCAGCUGGGCUUUGCGCACGCGGUUCGCGCCGCCAAACGCGCGGAGUUCGGCGAGGGCCGGGCGCUGCCAAUUUUGCUGGACGACGUGCGCUGCGCGGGCAGCGAGCGCAACCUGCUGGAGUGCGCGCACGCAGGCGUGGGCACGCAUAACUGUGGACACCAGGAGGAUGCCGGAGUCGUGUGCAGUCAUCAGGACCCUGACUUGUAGGCAAGCGUCACCCGCCUGGCUGGGCCACCCUGCGAGACUGGAGCCUGGUGUGACCCGUUCAGCCUGUGUGCAUCACCGGGUGCAUCACACGGCAUGGUGGAG